AUUUUUCUAUUACGAAUUGUCGAGGGCUUUUGAUGCAUCUCAGUAGCUCUGAUUACAACCUGUGGUGAUAUUGAAUUACGCGCCUCGGGGGAGGGGAUUAUCGCUUGGUGCGGAAUUUUUAAUUGAUCAGUGGAGUGUGAGUGAAAUUGGAGUUUAUGUGGGAGUUUAUUGGAAUUGCUAGUGGUUAGGAAAUUUUAUGUUCUGUUCUGGUGGCAACGGUGGUUGUGACGCCGAGGGAUGCUGCCACGGUUAGCUGAGGAUUGCUGAGGGCGAAGUGGUAAGCACGUGACCCCAUUGGAUUCACAAUUUAAUAGGACAAAUGGAUAAUGAAAUGGAGAAGCACGAAAUGGACGAUUUCUGUGGCUCGCAUUUUUGGGAUUAUAAUCUGUCAUGGAACACGACAGAUCCAGAUCUGACUCCAUGUUUUCAAAAUACAGUGCUUGUCUGGACGCCCUGUGCAUUCCUCUGGACAUUUUUAUUUUUAGAGGCAUAUUAUUUGAUAAAUAGUAAACGAAGAGACAUACCAUAUUCAUGGAAAUUCAUCGCCAAAGGUGUACUUACGGCUGUACUUAUUGUACUUAGUGUUACGGAUUUGGGAAUGGCUGUGCAUCAGACCAAUUCCAAAACAGUUAAUUAUUACACACCAAUCAUUAAGUUUGUCACAUUUUCAUUGGCAGCAGUUCUGGUACAUUACAACAGAAAGAUGGGGAUGAGAGCAUCGGGAUUGUUGUUUCUGUUCUGGUCAUUUCUCGCAUUGUGCGGCAUUGUACAGUUCCGACGCAUUCUGAGGAAUUGGGAUCAAGAGGAUAGUUAUUGGAGAAUAUCCUAUGUGAUAUAUUAUCCAAUUGUACUGGCACUCUUCCUGCUUAAUUGUCUGGUUGAUGAUAAACCCAAGUUCUCGGAAUAUGCUGAGGUUGACAAACCCUGCCCGGAACAAAGUGCCUCAUACCCUUCGAGAAUGACAUUCGCCUGGUUCGAUGCAUUGGCAUGGAGAGGCUUCAAAAAACCCCUGGAAACAUCGGACCUGUGGUCGAUGAACCCAGAAGAUACAGCCUCGGAAAUUGUCCCCAAGUUCGACAAAUAUUGGAACAAAAGCUUACGAAAGUAUGACAGCAAUCAAUCAGCGAAGGCAUCGUUCCGCAAGGCCUCAGGCCAAGUGAACUUCAACAGCUCCCGCAAAAAGAAAGUGGCGUCAGUCCUGGCGCCCCUGUGCCGAGCAUUCGGUCCCACCUUCAUAUUCGGGGCCUUCCUGAAGCUCUCCCAAGACAUAAUGAUCUUCAUCGGGCCGAAGAUUCUGGAGCUCCUCAUAGAAUUCAUAAAGGGCUCGGAGCCCAACUGGAAGGGCUACUGCUACUCAGUCCUGCUGUUCCUCACAGCUGUCCUCCAAACCCUAGUCCUCUCCCAGUACUUCAACCGAAUGUUCAUAGUGGGCCUGAGAAUCCGCACAGCCCUGAUAGCCGCCAUCUACCGAAAGGCCCUGAGAAUGUCCAAUUCCGCUCGAAAGGAGUCGACAGUCGGUGAAAUUGUCAAUCUGAUGUCAGUGGACGCUCAGAGAUUCAUGGACCUCACCGCCUACAUCAACAUGAUCUGGUCGGCUCCACUGCAAAUAGCACUGGCCUUGUACUUCCUCUGGGGCAUUCUGGGGCCCUCAGUCUUCGCUGGUCUAGCUGUCAUGAUCAUCCUCAUUCCUGUCAACGCUCUGAUCGCCUCCAAAGUCAAAACCCUCCAGAUAAGACAGAUGAAGAGCAAAGACGAGAGAGUUAAACUAAUGAACGAAGUACUUAAUGGAAUUAAAGUACUUAAAUUGUACGCUUGGGAGCCCUCCUUCGAGCAGCAGAUCCUCGGCAUCAGGAACAAGGAGAUCAAGGUACUCAAGGAGGCUGCCUACCUCAAUGCAGGCACCAGCUUCAUCUGGUCCUGCGCACCGUUUCUCGUUUCUUUAGUGUCAUUUACUACUUAUGUCUACGUCGACGAGCAGCAUGCCCUGGACAGCAGCAAGGCCUUCGUGUCCCUCAGCCUCUUUAAUAUACUCAGGUUCCCCUUGUCAAUGCUUCCCAUGAUGAUCAGCAAUGUCGUGCAGGCGUCAGUCUCAAUGAAGAGAAUCAAUAUAUUCAUGAAUAAUGAAGAGCUGGAUCCCAAUAAUGUGCAGCAUGAUCAGUCGGAGGUUGAUCCCCUGAUAAUCGAGAACGGUAAUUUCACGUGGGACUCAGCUGACUCCACCGAGAAGCCCACCCUGAGGAAUAUCAAUGUCUCAGUGAAGCACGGACAGCUAGUAGCGAUCGUGGGGACUGUCGGCUCGGGGAAGAGUUCCCUGGUCUCCGCCUUCUUCGGGGAGAUGUAUCGGUUGAGUGGGAGGGUCAACACUCAGGGCUCCAUUGCCUACGUAUCCCAACAGGCCUGGAUUCAGAACGCAACGAUGCAGGACAACAUUCUCUUCGGCAGACCCUUGGACAAGGUCCUCUACAACAAAGUGAUUGAGGCCUGCGCUCUUCUCCUGGACCUCCAGAUGCUGCCAGCUGGCGAUCAAACUGAGAUUGGAGAGAAGGGGAUCAACCUCUCUGGUGGGCAGAAGCAGAGGGUCGCCCUCGCUCGUGCUGUCUACAGUGACAGUGACGUCUACUUCCUGGAUGAUCCGUUGAGUGCAGUCGACUCACACGUGGGGAAACACAUAUUUGAGAAUGUCAUUGGACCCAGUGGACUGUUGAAGAAGAAGACAAGGGUGCUAGUCACUCAUGGAAUCACGUACUUACCGGAUGUGGACAAUAUUGUGGUACUUAAGGACGGGGAGAUCACUGAGACUGGGACUUACAAACAACUGCUGGAGAAAAAGGGCGCGUUUGCCGAUUUUUUGAUACAACAUUUGCAAGAAGUGAGAGCAGAAGACGACGAGGAGACAGACUUAACAGAGAUCAAACAGCAAUUGGAAUCGACCAUUGGUUCGGAGGAAUUGAAACAAAAAUUGACUAGGUCACGUUCGAAAUCAUCAGUGACUCACAGUGACUCGGGUUCAGCUGAUCAGCGAUCCUUAAAUGGAUCCCUGCCACGACAACAUUCGACUGAGAGUCAGAGGUCUGGCUCUCUCGCCAAGAUCACUAGUUUCAAGGAGAAUAAAUCUAUUGAAGCUAAGGCUGGGGAGAAGAUUAUUGAAACUGAGAAAACAGAAACUGGAAGUGUAAAAUUAAGAGUGUACGCCCACUACCUAAAAUCCAUCGGUUGGUUCUUAUCAAUAUCCACGAUAAUAAUGAACGCAGUCUUCCAAUCAUUCAGCAUUGGCUCCAACAUAUGGAUUAGCAAAUGGUCCGACGAUGAUUCAAUAAUAGUAAAUGGCACCCAGGACACAUCAAAACGAGCCAUGUACGUCGGUGUAUACGGUGCACUGGGUCUGGGACAAGCGGUGACGAGUUUUUUCUGCGAUUUGGCACCACAGUUGGGCUGCUGGCUGGCCGCGCGCCAGAUGCACUUGGUCAUGCUUAGCGGGGUGAUGCGUGCAUCACUGACCUUCUUUGAUACAACACCCACAGGUCGAAUAAUCUCCAGAUUCGCUAAAGACGUCGACGUGCUGGAUACAUCACUCCCCCAACAAAUUUCUGAUUGCAUCUAUUGUCUCUUUGAGGUAAUUGCUACACUCGUAGUAAUAAGCAUCAGCACACCUGCCUUUGUAUCAAUUAUCAUACCUAUUGGAGUUGUCUACUAUUUUAUACAACGGUUUUACGUUGCAACGUCGAGACAGCUGAAACGACUGGAGUCUGUCUCGAGAUCACCGAUUUAUUCACACUUUGGUGAAUCUGUUACUGGCGCCCCAACAAUCAGAGCUUAUGGAGUUCAAGACAGAUUCAUUCGUGAAUCAGAGAACAGAGUUGACUUCAAUCAAGUCUGCUAUUAUCCAAGUAUCAUUGCGAAUAGGUGGUUGGCUGUGCGUUUGGAAAUGGUCGGCAAUCUGAUAAUCUUCUUCUCCGCCCUGUUCGCGGUGCUGGGACGAGACACACUGAGCGCCGGUCUCGUGGGUCUCUCCGUGAGUUACGCCCUGCAGAUCACCCAGACCCUCAACUGGCUCGUGAGAAUGACCUCAGACGUCGAGACGAAUAUCGUAGCUGUGGAGAGGAUAAAGGAGUACAGCGAGACGCCCCAGGAGGCGCCCUGGGAGAUUACAGACAAAACUCCCCCCAAGGAGUGGCCCUCAGAGGGUCGAGUUGAAUUCAGGGACUUCAAGGUUCGUUACAGGGAAGGUCUGGACCUCGUUCUCAAGGGAAUAUCCUUCACUGUUGACGGCGGAGAGAAGAUUGGAAUCGUCGGAAGGACUGGUGCUGGCAAGUCCUCACUGACUCUGGCACUCUUCAGGAUUAUUGAGGCUGCUGAGGGGAAGAUCAUCAUCGAUGACAUCGAUAUUGCCACACUGGGGCUGCACGCACUGAGGUCGAGGCUCACGAUCAUCCCUCAGGAUCCCGUUCUCUUCUCUGGGAGUCUCAGGCUCAAUCUCGAUCCCUUCAAUCGACAUGGGGAUGAGGAGGUCUGGAGGGCGCUGGAGCACGCCCAUCUCAAGACUUUUGUGCAAAGUCUACCAAAUGGUCUAUCCCAUGCAGUAUCAGAAGGUGGUGACAAUUUAAGUGUCGGUCAGAGGCAGUUAAUUUGCUUAGCCAGGGCACUUCUCCGAAAGACGAAAAUUCUCAUAUUGGAUGAAGCCACUGCGGCUGUUGAUCUUGAAACUGACGAUCUCAUUCAACGAACAAUUAGGGAAGAAUUCAAAGAUAGUACUGUGCUCACUAUUGCGCAUAGAUUGAACACAAUCCUCGAUUCUGACAGGGUUAUUGUCCUUGACAAAGGAUACAUGAUCGAAUUUGAAUCACCCCAUUCACUCCUUCAAAAACCCACCAGUGCAUUCUACAGUAUGGCUAAGGAUGCUGGACUAGUAGCAUAAAAAAAUAUUUUUCAAUAUCAACUUAAAUAAUUCAUCACUGCAUCUUGUUUCUUUCAAUUACUUUCAAAACGAACAUUUGCAUUUCAGUUAAAUCUGCUUUUUUAAACUUAAUAUUACCAGAUUUAUCUUAUUCGCCCUGGCAAAAAAUAUUCUGAAUCCGAGAAAGAAACAAAAUCACAAAAAAUAACGAAAGAACAAAAUAUAUGACAAUUGUUUUUUAUGCCAGGGCGAAAUUAAUGAAUGGUAUUUUCACUUAUUAAAUUCAAUUACUUAAAAUACUGCCAGUAUACUAUAAACAGUUUAUUAUGUUUCAAACAUUUCAUAUUUUUUUACCAACUAAAUGCACUCAUCGAGUCGUUUUGACUUUAGCUUUUGUAUUGUAAUUUUUCAUUGUUCUCAAUCGUUUAUUCAAAUUGCAAAAUCAUUGCAGCAAAACGAUAAUCAUUUAUCUGUAGUAAUUACAGUGAUUAUUAUUCUCUUAUUUAUUAAUGUUUCGUUUGAAUUAUUUAAAACGAAGUGAAGUGCUUUUUUGUCAAUAAUUAUUUGAGUGCUACCAUUUUUUAGGGUUUUAUGUGUCAAUUUCAAGAGCUUGUCAUCGAAGAGAAAUCAUUUUGAGUCAAGAUAUUAUUUGAUGAAACUAUCGCCUUUGACACGCACGAAAAUAACUUCACAGAAAAUUCUGUUGAAUUUCUAUUGAAAAUUAAGGAUAAAUUGAUCUUUCUAUUGAGACAUUUUCUGCAGGAAUUCUCCAACAUUUUCAACAUUUUUUUCCGCCCUAUUUUCCUCACCUAAUUAUUAGAGAAAUCAAGCAAAAAAAACUUGCAAAACUUGCAUAUAAUAAUAAAUAACAUAAUAAAUAGUAUAAAAAAUCUUUCUAAUUCGUAAGGAUUUUCUAUGAAAUUUUUUCGCACGUGGAAUGUCAAUCGUGUCAAUGAUAACUUAACUCUCAAUUAUAGAAAAUUAAUUAUCGAUGUUAUCGAACGAUCAAAAGAGUGGCACAACACGAACUAUCUCAGUGCCGUUGAUACUUUUAAUUACGAAUUAUGGCACUGAAUUAUUGUAUUAAUGAGUAGCAUCACUGAAAGGCAGCGCCCACCACUGAAUAAGAGAGCUAGAUACGCUACUUAUGUUAUGGAUAAUUGUAGGCGUAGAUACACGACAGUACAAUCACACUAGAUUAAACAUGCUUACAGGAGAACGCGGAGUACUUGUUGAUUUUUUUAAGGGUUCAUAACUAUCUCUGUUAUCUGCUAUUUUUUUUUUGUAUAAAAAAAUCAGUUGAAAGUAAUUGCCACAAGUGUGAAAAAAUCCUGGAGACAAGUGCAGAGCAUUUGGUGGGAAAUUAUUUUGAUUUUCCCUUCAAUUUAAACUGAUAAAAUUUUAUGAAAAAAAUUUGGAAAGCUGCUACAGAAAGUCAUCCCACAAUCAUCUCAUUUGCAGUGCAAAUGAUUUUUGGUGCUUAAGUUGUAUUUUUAAAAAUUCCCUCUGAAAAUAAAAGGAAGACAAAUGGAAUUAUCUCUUCUGGAUUUUUUUCACACUUGCAAAUAGAAAAAAUAUCAAAUUUUUCAGAUGUUCGUAAAAUAAAAGAAAAUUUAAACUUGUGAAUGAAAAUAUGACAAAUGAUAAGCGAUCAAUUGCAUAUUGUAGAUUCAUUGUACAGAUAAUCGAUGAAAAAGUGCCUUAAUUUUAAUGCCCAUAGAAAAAUUAUGUAUAUAAUGCAACAGAUUCUCCUUUUGCCUAAUCACAUUAAUGAUUAAGUAUUACAGCGUAAAUAUGCCAAUUAAUCAUAAAUUAUUGUAGCUUUUAAGAUUAUCGAAAAUCACUAGACCUAAGAAUUUAAAUGAUUUAUUCAUUUUUCUAAUUAAAGUUAUUGCUCAGAUGUUUCACAACAUCUCAAAUUAUCUUUCAUUCAUUUUCUCGAUAAUGUACGUUCAUAUUUGUUACUGUAUGCCAGUAGAAUGAGAAGAUCUUGAGUAAUUAUUAAAAGUAUAUUGUAAACAAUUCGAAGGGUCAAAUAUAUCUAGACAAUUAUUAUUACUAUCGA